UACACAUGCACAGAAAUCGCAGAGAGGUAUCGCAUCACAAUCGAUCAGUUCUUUCUAUUGAACUCUCUGGAUUAUCCCAACUGUUUAAGCAUUCAAGCAGGCGAAGGAUAUCGUAUCGCGGGGAACGUCAUGCCAAGAAGUGCCAACGGGUCUUGCAAGCCCGAGUCACUCGUAACAUGCUUAGGAUAUUCUGGUGGGCAGUGCUGCCACUCAAAGAAAUUGAAGUUUGGUCGAUCGAGCGAUUAUUGUCAAGCCGAUACAUGCGCCUCAGGUCUUUGUGCCGUCAACAACCCAAGCGACUACUCGCUCAACAAUCAAUACGGUCUUUCGACCGGCGACAAGCUCUGUGGAGGGAUAUGGGGCAGCUGCUGUGGUAAAUCGAACCGCUGCGGAAGUGGCUCUGAGUGUUGUGGAACAGCCGAUUGCUUGUUUGGUAAUUGCACAAUAAGCAUGCAUACACCAAGUCCCGGACUGCCGCCACCAAACUGGGCAAGUUGCAACACGACCAACAGACGGUGUGGACCCAGCAACGACUAUCAGGUUUGUAACAUGGUGUAUGGAAAGCGUUGUUCGGGCAGUGGUGCCUGUGUCACGGGCUCGGAGUGCGGUACUGGUUGCAACCCACUCAAUGGCGCAUGUGAUACAGCCACGGUUCCUACCCCACCCAACCCAGUCGAUACCAGCCCAGAUAAUUCAACUGUGCGUUAUUUGGAAGAAGAGAAUCACUGGUACGGAACUUGCGGUGAGCAGGAUGGAUAUACUUGUGUGGGAACGUCUUUUGGGACGUGUUGUUCCACAACAGGCUAUUGCGGAAGUAUAGGCAAUCAUUGUGCUCAAGGAUGGCCAGUGCACAAUCCCCUCUGCAGCCAAUAUAACGAUUUGAGAAGCGGGUGUCAGACUUCGAACGUCGCAUCGUUGGAUGGAUCGUAUGCCGUGAACAAAGGUUUCAUGUCUGCGGGCGGCCUAUUCAGUGGACAGUGUUGCGCGGCGAGUAAGUGUUGUGGAACGACAGAUGACUAUUGGAAAACUGAAUGGUCAGUUGUAGAGAAGCUUGACGCGAAUUUCUGCUAA